AUGAACUCCUUCAAGGCCGCUGCUAUCUUUUCUUUCCUCGCCGCUUCCCAGGCUCUUGCUCUUCCCUACGCAUGCAACCCUGCCCACCAGUACCCUGAAGGUGUCAAGUGUCUUUCGACCAACGGUGCUCUUUCUCUUGUCACUCCUACCGCUCAGGCUACCUACGCUUGCAACCCCGCCCAUCAGUACCCUGAGGGCGUCAAGUGUGUCUCUACCAACGGCGCUCUUUCUCUCGUCACUCCUACUGCUCAGGCUACCUAUGCCUGCAACCCAGCACACUCCUACCCCAACGGAGCCAAGUGCGUGUCUACCAACGGCGCCCUAUCUCUUGUUACACCUACUGCCCAGGCUACCUACGCCUGCAACCCUGCUCACUCUUACCCUGAGGGCGUCAAGUGCGUCUCCACCAACGGUGGCUUGAGCCUGGUCACUCCCACUCCCCAAGCUACCUACGCUUGCAACCCAGCACACUCCUACCCCAACGGAGCCAAGUGUGUCUCCACCAACGGAGCUCUCUCCCUCGUCACACCCACCGCUCAGGCAACUUACGCCUGCAACCCCGCCCACAGCUACCCCGCCGGCGCUGUCUGCACUGAGGUUGCUGGUUCCUUGACUCUGGUCACUCCCUCGCCUACUGCCCAGGCUACCUACGCUUGCAACCCUGCUCACUCGUACCCCAAUGGCGCCAAGUGUGUUUCUACCAACGGUGCUUUGAGCUUGGUUACUGCUGCUCCUUCUGCUACUCAGUAUGCUUGCAACCCUGCUCACCAGUACCCUGAGGGUAUCAAGUGUGUUUCCACCAACGGUGGUUUGAGCUUGGUCACUCCUACUGCUGCUCCUACCAAGGCCUAA